CGAUCGCCUCUUCGCCGGUUGCGGUGCAUUUCGCCCUCCAAAAAAAAAAAACUUUUUUUUUGCCUUCUGUCGCAGAUCCAUCGGAUCUCCGACGGCUUUACCCUCUUCUGUUCUGUUCCUUUACCAUCCAAAAACCCUAAAAAAAUUUCAUCUUUUCCCCUAAAUUCUCGAGAAAAUUUCUGUUCUAUUGUUAGCAAAAAAAAAAGCCCGAAAAAGAAGAACCAUUGAAGCAUCGAAUUUUAUCUCUUUAGGUGUUUGAUUUUUUUUCUGACGAGUAGAGAGUUAUCCGAAAAAAAACCAGGUUGAAUUGUUCCGAGGGUUUCAGUCUUCGGAAAUGGCGCAGAUUCAGUUGAAGCAUCAGCCUCCGUCUCCGAACGGCACGGCGGCGAGUGCAUCUCAGGCGACUAUGUCGCUGUACGUCGGCGAUCUCGACCCUAGUGUCACCGACGCACAACUCUUCGACCUCUUCAGCCAAGUCGGCUCGGUCAUAUCCGUCAGGGUUUGCAGGGAUAUGAACACGAGGAAGUCGCUUGGAUAUGGCUAUGUCAACUUCAGUAACCCUCAAGAUGCUGCUAAGGCAAUGGAUAUUCUGAAUUUCACUCCUUUGAACAACAAGGCAAUCAGGAUCAUGUUUUCUCAUCGUGAUCCCAGCAUCCGCAAAAGUGGUUUUGGAAAUAUUUUCAUCAAGAACCUGGAUAAGUCCAUUGACAACAAAGCCAUGUAUGAUACAUUCUCUUCGUUCGGCAACAUUCUUUCCUGCAAGGUUGCCACUGACUCAUCUGGCGAAUCUAAAGGCUAUGGCUUUGUGCAAUUCGACAAUGAGGAAUCGGCUCAAACUGCUAUAGAUAAGCUGAAUGGUAUGCUCAUGAAUGACAAACAAGUCUUUGUUGGUCGGUUCCUUCGUAGGAAUGACAGAGAAAAUACUUCAGAAGGAGCAAAAUUCAAUAACGUCUUUGUGAAAAACCUCUCUGAAUCAACUACUGAUGAUGAUCUGAAGAAAGUUUUUGGUGAGUACGGAUCAAUCACUAGUGCUGUAGUGAUGAGGAAUGGAGAUGGAAAGUCAAAGUGUUUUGGAUUUGUGAACUUUGGAAAUGCUGAUGAUGCUGUUCGUGCUGUUGAGGCUCUUAAUGGGAAGAAGUUUGACGAAAAAGAGUGGUAUGUUGGAAAGGCCCAGAAGAAGUCUGAAAGAGAGCAAGAACUCAGAGCUAAGUUUGAGCAAAGCCUGAAGGAGGCCGCAGAAAAGGUUCAGAGAGCAAAUUUGUAUGUUAAAAAUUUGGAUGAUAGCAUAACUGAAGAAAAACUGAAGGAGUUGUUCUCAGAGUUUGGCUCUGUUACUUCCUGCAAGAUUCUUCGUGACCCUAGUGGAAUCAGUAAAGGUGCUGGCUUUGUGGCUUUUUCAACUCCUGAGGAGGCAUCUCGAGCUAUCACGGAGAUGAAUGGUAAGAUGGUCGGUAGCAAACCACUCUAUGUAGCUCUCGCACAGAGAAAAGAAGAGAGAAGAGCACAGCUUCAGUCUCAGUUCUCGCAGAUGAGACCUGUGGGUAUGUCCUCUGCUUCUCCUCAUAUGCAGAUGUUCCCCUCUGGUGCUCCUGGGCUUGGCCAACAGUUUUUAUAUGGGCAAGCUCCUCCUAUGAUUCAUCCUCAAGCUGGAUUUGGUUUCCAGCAACAGCUGGUUCCGGGUAUGAGGCCAGGUGGUGGUCCUGUCCCGAACUUCUUUGCUCCUUUUGUACAGCAAGGACGGCAAGGACAGCGGCCAGGCGGGCGUCUUGGCGGUGGUCCAAUGCACAUGACACAGCAACAGAUGUUUCCUAGAGGACGUGGAUAUCGUCCUCGAGGCCGCAAUACACCAGAAUCUCUCAUCUCCGACAUAUCGGGUGACAUCUUCUAUGGGCAAGGUACUGGUUUUGGACUGCAGCAACAACCCGUACAUGCUUUGGCCUCGGCCCUUGCCAAUGCAUCUCCCGAGCAGCAAAGGAUGAUGCUGGGUGAGAACCUGUAUCCACUGGUGGAGCAGCUAGAGAGGGAGUUAGCGGCGAAAGUGACAGGAAUGCUUCUGGAGAUGGACCAGACCGAGGUUCUGCACCUGCUUGAGUCACCCGAGGCGUUGAGGGCCAAGGUCGGGGAGGCCGUGGAGGUGCUUAGGAGUGCUGCUUCUUCUAACCCAGUGGAUGAACUUGCCUCACUCUCAUUGGAAUGAUGACAGAACCAGCCAACAUCAAAACCUCGUUCCUUGGAUUCUUCUCCUGUUUGGUCCUUCUGCUCUUUGAUUCGGAUCCAUGAAUCAUGACAAUGGGUUGUCUGUUUUUUUUUUUAAUAUUUUGGUUCCGUUUUCAAAUAUUCACCCUUUUCUGCUGGAUUCUGAUUUUAUCGAUACAGACCGAUGAAAUUAAAGACCAGAGUUUUUAUGUUUUGAACUGUAGCAUUUCGAUCUCGUGCUGGAUACAUGUAACGGGAUCUCUGUUUCAGACAUUCUUAGAUCCAAGAAUGUUGGGUUGGUUGUUGUUCA